AUGUUAACUACUAUCAUUAUAAUAGCUAUUGGUUUAACAUUUUUAACACUAAUUUUAACUAUUAUUUGGUUAUUAAAAGUUUCAGGACUUUUUACGCCAAUUAAAAUACAAGUUCUUCAACCAUCAUUUGAAUUUUUAACGAUUGCCUAUAAAUUUCAACAGGGUGAUUAUUCUAAAUCAGCAGAUAUAUUUCGAGAUAUUCUUAAUUAUUCACCAUCACAUUCGACUAUUGCAAUUUAUUAUGAUAAUCCAGAUGUUAUACAAGUUGAACAACGACGUUUUAUUGUUGGUAUGAUUGUUGAUGAAGCUAAAGAUGAAAGCAUAAUUGAACGAAUGAAAUCAGAUGAUUAUAAAAUUUUUAAACUUCCAAAAUCUGUGCAAUCAAUUUAUACAACAUUUCCAUUUAAUAGUGUUUUUUCUGUUUCUAUAGCAAGCUCGAGAGUACCUUCUCGUUUAGCAGAUUUUAUUCAGACAAAUAAAUUAGAUGCUCAUCCUUUCAUUGAAAUAUACGAACCAACAUUAAUUCAUUAUUUUGUUCCUUUAAAUAAUCAUGAAAUUUAUAAUGUUCCUGAAAUCAUUUCUGAAUCAUCUUAA